AUGCCUCCAGCUCUGAUCUCGGCUUUCGGCCACCUCAAAGCAGCCGCCGCGACCGUCAAUGCUGCCAACGGCGUCCUGGAGCCGCAGCUCGCCCGCGCCAUCGAGCAGGCGGCCUCCGAAGUCGCAGAUUUGACUCUGAUUGACCACUUUCCCUUGUCCAUCUGGCAGACUGGAAGCGGAACGCAGACUAACAUGAAUACCAACGAGGUAAUCUCGAACCGUGCGAACGAGAUUCUAGGAGAGAAGGAAAGGGGGACGAAGAAGCCGGUGCAUCCAAAUGAUCAUGUCAAUCGGAGUGGUUCAUCAAAUGACGGGACAGCGACAGCAAUGCAUAUUGCGGCGGUGCGUGAGGUUGAGGGCCGGUUGGUCCCGAGCUUGGAGCGGCUGUGGAAAGCGAUGGUGAGGAAGAGUGAGGAGUUCGAGAAGCUGGGGCUGAUCAAAGUUGGACGCACGCAUUUACAGGAUGCGGUACCGUUGAGUCUUGGGCAAGAGUUCAGUGGAUUUGCGGCGCAGUUGGAAUUGGGAAUGGAAAGGGUGCUCCAAAGCUUGGAGGGUUUGAGGUAUCUGGCUAUGGGUGGGACGGCCGUGGGAACUGGUCUGAACGUGUUCAAAGGAUUUGAUGUACAAUUCUGCGAGGAGGUCAGCCGUAGGACUGGGAGUAAGUUUGUGGUGGCCAAGAACAAAUUCGAGGCGAUCAGCGCGAAUGAUGCCAUCGUCUAUGCAAGUGGAGCGUUGAACACUCUUGCUGCCAGCCUUUUCAAAAUUGCGCAGGAUAUCCGGUUUGAAGGCAGUGGCCCAAGAUGUGGAUUGGGCGAACUGCUACUGCCAGAAAACGAGCCUGGCUCUAGUUAUAUGCCUGGCAAAGUCAACCCAACGCAGUGCGAAAGUCUCACGAUGAUCUGCGCGAGAGUGGUCGCAAACCAUACCGGCAUUACGGUUGGUGGCUUGAGUGGCCAGUUUCAAUUGAACGCGUUCAAGCCACUGCUGAUCUCCAGCUUCUUACACUCAGUCCGCUUGCUGAGCGACGGUAUGAACGCAUUCAGGCAGAACUGUUUGGAGGGCUUGAGAGCAGAUGAGAAGCGCAUCAAGGAGCUCAUGGACAACAAUCUCAUGCUAGUGACAUGUUUGAGUGGGACGUUAGGGUAUGACAUGGCUGGUCGUGUGGCGAAGCAUGCCCAUAAGGAAGGUCUGACGCUGAGGGCUGCAGCGAUUGAGCUCAAAGCACUCUCGGGCCAGGAGUUUGAUCGCAUCGUGAGGCCAGAGACAAUGCUGGCGCCGGCGGACAAGCAGACGAUGCAAGUCCAGACGUGA